ACCAAACAUAUGUGUGCGUAAAUUGAGUAGGCUAUUAUCAAAAUAUAAUUUUAGUUAACACUUGCAGCUAUGGCACGCCAGUAUUUGGACAAACACCAUGGACAGCGGACGAAUUGGGCUGGGAGAAGUGUACGAUAUACCUGAGCAACAUACUGAUAAGCGUUCGUUCAAGUCGAUAGAGCAGAGCUUAUUGUCACAGUUUGCCAUAUUGGCUAGCUUUUCGGGCGUUGUAUUGGCACGUGCGAUAUUGACCCCAAGACGGACAAGUCGACUGAGUCCGACAAUAUGCUACCUAUUGGAGUUUCCUUUGAUUGUGGUGCCUGGUGUUCUUUUUGUGACAGUGGCUAGUGAUUACUGCGCCCAAUUCGUGGCAGUUAUGAUUGCUCUUCUAUUCUUUUACAUUAUACGGACCCGUGCGAUAUCGCGAAUCAAAAAGCAAUCUCAAUUUAAUGUAGGUAGUCGGCCUAUUGCCCUUACUGUGGGCCGUGCCCUGACUCAUUUGAUCACAUCUAUUUGUAUACUCGCGAUUGACUUUGGCAGCUUUGAUCGCCGACAUAGAAAGAGUCGACUAUUUGGCGCUCGGCUCAUGGACACGGGCAUUGGACUCUUUGUGGUGGUGAUGGGUUGGGUGUCUCGGCGUCCACGCAAUUGCAUUGAAUUACGGCGUCAUGUUCUACUAUCUGCAAUGCCGUUGAUUCUACUGGGCAUUGCUCGGGUCAUCGCGCUCCUUGCUAUUGACUAUGGACAGGAUGAACAUGAGUAUGGCGUCCAUUUGAAUGCAUUCUUUACUCUGGGUCUGACCAAGCUUUUUGGUAGUAUCUUUGGCUAUUUCGCGCACACCGACUGGCAACUAUUGCCUAUGGCAUUUUGUGUUCUGGCAUGCCAUCAAGUGGCCCUCACCUUCGGCGGUAUCUCGGAAUAUGUGAUGGAUGAUGAUGUACUUCGUACCACAUUCUUGAGCGCUAAUCGCGAGGGUAUUUUUUCGAUACCCGGUUUCGUGGCGCUUUAUUUGUUAUCUAUUUACUUCGGCCGUUGGUUGUUUGCCAAAACGGUAUAUAGCUUUAAAGAAAUGAUUGGAAAACUUCGUAGUCUGCUUAUCAUAGUGAUUGCUUGUUGGCUACUGAUGGCAGUCGGCGCCUAUGCAGUUGGUAUCUCUCGAGUCACCUGCAAUUUGGGCUACGUCAUAUGGAUGUUUGCCAUAAUGAGCACCAUGUUGUGGCUAACCAUGGUAAUUUUUAACCUUAUAUUCGAGGAAGCGAACGAACAGAAACUUGACGAGGCGCAGAGCCUAAUGGACGAAGCCCAGUUUAAUGAAACUGAGAAUCUAGAGAAGGGUUUAUUAAUUCCAUCGAAAACAGUUGCUAUCAAGAGCAGCGGAACACAAUGUAUUAUCAUCGAGUCAUUGAACAUGAAUGGUCUAAUCUACUUCCUUUUGGCCAAUAUAUCAACAGGUUGUGUCAAUAUCUUUUUGAAGCCCAAAAAGCGUUCGGAUGCUUCCUCGGUGCUCAUUUUACACAUCUAUAUGUUUGUGGUGACGUUCGCCGUCUUUCAACUGUAUAAAAGGCGUAUUCGCAUUGCCUAAAUAAUUUCAUAAUAAAUUAACAAAUCCUCUCACUGUGAUAAAUAAAAUAACAAGUUUUCAUAUA